UCUAUGCCGUUCCUUCAUUCCGCAGAUGCCAGUAUCAGCAGUCUGAAGCAGGCGGCCCUGGUCAAGGCGCCGCUCAUUCCCACGCUGAACACGAUCGUGCAGUACUUGGACCUCACUUCCAGUGGGAGUAUUUGGUCGAGAAAGGAUCAAGGAGCUUUCUCAAGGAGGGUGCAUGAGCUCGUUCCGGUGGAACCGAGGCGGAGACUUCAGGGCUCGCAAGUGGGAUACUGACCUGCCUACCGACUCGGCGAUCAUCAUGCACGUGUUCUGCACAUAUCUGGAUUCUCGGCUGCCGCCGCAUCCCAAAUACCCCGAUGGAAAAACUUUCACCUCCCAGCAUUUCAUUCAAACGCCUGACAAACCAGACAUCACGAACGAGAACUUGUUUUGCGUCUAUCAGAGCAGCGUCAAUCCGCCCCACUAUGAGCUCAUUUACCAGCGGCAUGUCUACAGUCUGCCCAAGGGCAGAAACAACAUGUUCCAUACCUUGCUUAUGUUCCUGUACAUCAUAAAAACUAAAGAGUCUGGGAUGCUUGGACGGGUCAAUCUCGGCUUAUCCGGCGUGAACGUUCUGUGGAUUUUUGGAGACUAAGAUAACACGCCAGACAGCACGGCAGCCAUCCCGGCAAACGCCGAUCUCCGGAUGACGACGUGGGCUUGGCAGCUGGACGUCGAUUUGGACAUUUUUAAACUAGCAUUUGGACGACGGGGAUCGCAUCGAAGCAGAAAGACUUCCUGAUGCUUUGUCUGUCUGAAGAUCAAAGGCCGUCGUCCUUGCACAAGAGGAGCUUCCGUUUUGACGUCUCGCUUCUUCUGGGCAAAGCUUCCUCUUCUGGACAGCGGAACGGAAUCCAGUUUUGAAGCUUUACCACUGCAGCGAUUUUGCAGGAUACCAGACAUACUCCGUUCAUCUUAGCCGAACUACGGAAGCACAAAACAGAACUGUGAAUUAACGUGUUGCUGAACAGGGCCCGGAGUAUUCAAGUCGCUGCUGGUGGCUGCGUGUUUUAUUUUUUAGCAACUUUUCUUUUAAUGAAAGACAGACAUGGUCCCAUUCAAACAUCUAAG